AAACUACAAGUCCCAUAGACCUCAACAGGAGUGUCGUGGCUCAUCUUUUGUGCGUCAUCUUGUGCUAAAGGCGAAAAUCGCCAAUCACUUUUACUAGCCUGUAACAGCAAACGGAUACCGGGAGAACCGGGAGUUUUCCAAAAUGAGCAGUUCAGAGGAAGUGUCAUGGAUCUCCUGGUUCUGUGGACUACGGGGAAACGAAUUCUUCUGCGAGGUUGAUGAAGACUACAUUCAGGAUAAAUUCAACUUGACAGGACUCAAUGAACAGGUUCCACAUUACAGGCAGGCUCUCGAUAUGAUUUUGGACCUGGAGCCAGGUAAGGGCAGAGAUGAGGAGCUGGAGGACAACCCUAACCAGAGUGACCUGAUCGAGCAGGCAGCUGAGAUGCUGUACGGUCUGAUCCAUGCGCGCUACAUCCUCACCAACCGUGGCAUCGCCCAAAUGCUGGAAAAGUACCAGCAGGGAGACUUUGGCUACUGCCCCAGAGUCUACUGUGAGAAUCAGCCCAUGCUGCCCAUAGGCCUUUCUGACAUCCCUGGAGAGGCCAUGGUGAAGCUCUACUGUCCCAAGUGCAUGGAUGUGUACACGCCCAAGUCCUCCCGGCACCACCACACGGACGGGGCCUACUUUGGCACAGGCUUCCCCCACAUGCUCUUCAUGGUGCACCCCGAGUACCGGCCCAAGAGACCUGCCAACCAGUUUGUGCCCAGGCUCUAUGGCUUUAAGAUCCAUCCAAUGGCUUACCAGUUGCAGCUGCAAGCCGCCUCCAGCUUCAAGAGUCCAGUCAAAGCCAUCCGCUAGGACCCCCAUCCCAGGGGAAUGGAUGGAGGAGAAGGAGAGGGCGAGUGGGG